AGAAGUGGCGCUGUAAACGGAGAACAAAGCGUCAUAAAUGGCGGAUGAGUGGUGAAGUUGUUUAUGUUCCUGUAAAGAAGAUCGUGUUAAGAUUGGAAGCCGACAUUUACUAAAUCAUCAUAAAUUGAAAAUAAAAAGUAAAGAAUGGGAGAUCAAGAAGAAAGCCAAAAGCCCUCCCAGUUGCCUCUGUAUGAAGGAAUGUUCAAAGACAGAUACACCGAAAGAGAUGCAGAGUUCGUCAAACUGAAAGAGACUCCCCUUCCUCCUCCGCCGGUCGUCUAUCCUUGGGAACAGUUUAAACGAUCCAGGAAUGACGGAUACAAUAGAAGACAGGAUCGUAGGUACGGAGGAAAUCGUCCGUUUAGAGACGGAAACAGAGACUUCUAUCGUGACGACAGAAGAGACAGCUGGGAUAGAAGAGAUUACCGCUAUAGAGACGACAGUCCUGAUAGGAGAAGACAUUCCUACGGCCAUUCCUCCAGAGACAACAGAUAGAACUGAUACAUUUUAUAAUAAUAUAAUCACUCCUUAUUUAAGUAAAAUUUCUGUAAUUGCAAAGGGAAACCCGUGCCCCCAUAACAAAAGAAUGUCUAAACAUUUUAUCACUAAAAUCAACAGUUGCGGUCUCGAAAUUGCAUGACAUUUAUCAUUCUUUUGUAGAGCACCUGCAUAUUGUGCUUAAGUUUUUUCAAAUUAUAGAGAAUAAAAUUAUUUUUAUAUAU